GCAGGGUGGAGGGGUGGUGGUGUGCAGUGCCCAAUGAGGCUGUCGCGACAGGAGUGAGGGUGGGGGAGUGGCGGGGUGUAGUGCCCAACGAGGCUGCCGCGACAGGAGUGAGGGUGCUGGGGUGCGCAGUCUGGCAGGAUUAUCACGACAGGAGUGAGGGUGGCCGUGCAUGCAUCCCUGCACGGCUGUCGCAACAGGAGUGGGGUCCCCGUUGCUGUCAGUGUGCAUGGUCUCAUGGGGCUGUCAUGAUAGGAGUGGGGUCUCUGGGGCCAGCCACGAGCCUGGCAGGGAUCUAUUGCGACAGUAGCAGGGGGCAUCGAGGUGCUCCACCAGGCUGUGGCAACAGGAGUCAUUGCCCCCACAGCUGGCCACGUGCUGAGGCCGUCCAGUCGUGCCUGUCACGACAGGAGCUCCCUGCCCCCUCUGGGUGCCUCGUUACUGCACAGCCCCAGGCCGGCAACCGCAGGGCGAUGGAGGCGGACGGAGCCCUCGACCUGGGCGCGCUGCACGAGGAGCUGCGGGCGGCACUGGCGGCCGAUGAGAAGCACGCGAGGGAGAACAGCGCCAAGUUCCGCGCCGUGCGCCAGCGGGUCGCCUCCUACGAGGAGUUCAGGGACAUCGUGCUGGCAUCACACCUGAAGCCUCUAGAGAAAAAGGACAAAAUGGGGAACAAGAGAAACGUGCUGUGGAACCCUUGUGCAGGCCACACGAAGGGCCAGCAAGCCGGUGACAUGGAGAUACCCCAGGAGCUGGAUCAACUGCCUGGAACCUCUGCCGAAUUUUACCGAGAUUGGCGCAGAUGCUUAAAAAGCGGAAAAGAAAAAUACCAGCUUUUGCUUAAGCUCGAAGGGAAGGCCUUGGGCAGAAUCUUUCAGGCUGACUUGGGUUUUGGCCUCCUGGGUGAAUUCCUUGCUGUGCUGGCAGAGAACAUCUGUCACGAAGACAGAGAUGCUGUCCUUCAGAUCUUACAGAGCCUUUCUGGCACCAAGCGCUUUGGGUUAAACGUGGAUCUUCUGAGUGAGUCGGAGAAGGAGAGCACCAGGGAUUUGUUUAGGAAGCUGCAGAGCAUGAGCAGGGAUUAUUGGACCCCUGGCCACCUUAGUGGCCCAGCCAGCUGCAAACCAGAGAAGGAAAUCCACCUCACAGACACCAGCUUGCAAAACGAAGCCGAGGAAAGGAUAAUGAUGGAGCUGAUGAAAUGUUACCAAGUCAGCUGAAGGAGCAGAAGCAGCAGGGUCAUGCAGAAGCAGAGUGGAAAAGAUUCUUACGGCUUGGCUUUGGCAUCAGAUACUGUGUGAGACAGUUAAGAAUAACUCAGAUACUUCUGGAGCAUUGCUGUACAUUUCCCUGUACCUGGGAGCCACCCAGAGCAAUAGUUCUGCCAAAUAAAAGUUAGUUACAGAAA